AUGAAGAGAUGGACUUUUAUAAAAAAUUGUUGGAAGUCAAAAGCAAAGUUGCAAAAUUAUGAGUUGAUUCUAGAGACACAAAGAUCUUUAUUACGUUACAACCAAAACGAGGCUAAAGUCAGAGAGGCAGCAAUUAAGGAUAUGGAAUUAGUACAUAACAAAUGGAUGGUCACACACGAGAAAGACCAUAUUGCUUUUGAGAAAAAGUUCUUAGAUGAGAUAGGUUUCAGAGAGAAAAUUCAAAAGAUGUCUUUUGAACUUGAACGUGAUGUUGUUUGGAUGCUUUAUGACACCAUCCGAACAUUAAUGUACAAGAACAAUCAGAAACUGAGGUACGUGAAGUUAUUAAUUAUAAAAAUAAUGUAACAUUUACUCGGAAAA